CUCGGUACUUCGUAUCACCACGCUGCCGUCGUUGCAAACGACCACAGUUUUUGUCUGCGGGAAUUCUGUUUGACAAACAUCCCCUUACCGACAUCACGUACGACCCUUCAGAAUGCCAUAAAAUCCGUCGAUUCGGGCGUGCCGCCCAACUGUCUGUCCGCAGCCGUCCGUCUAGAGAGUGUGAGAGUUUCGCGUCCGGAUGUCCCAAAAGUGAUGAUCAUCAUGCGUGCACUCGUCGGAACGGUUCUGCUGAUAGCGGUGAUGCUGGUGUCGAUCGUGCUGAUCAACGCCAACACGAGACCAGUUAGAGGAGCUGGUAGUAGUAAGGAGGUUAAGGAGAAGAGUUCAACGGGAGCGGUUCACGGCCAGCACGAGUCACGAGUGGAGAUUGAGGUGGUCGAAUCGUUUGAGGAUGCUGACGGUGGUGAUGGUGAAGUUGGAGCGAGCGUCGUUGAAAAGGUGUCGGAAGAGGUGGUUCAGGAGGAUAAGGAAGGUCGACUGAUCAGUGCGAUCAAGAAGAGUGGCAAGGAGGUGGCGUCUCCGCAGGCAGUGCUGGUGGAGAUCGUUCGUGACGAUGACAGUGAUGAGGAGUUGGUGGAACUGGCGGAGGGAGUUGUGGAAGAAGUUCUGUUCACGGACGGGUUCACCGUAGACAGUCACGAGGAUGCAACAGAUGCUAGUCGAAACGAGACUGCUGGCACUGAGCAGACCGAGCAAAGUGUGGAAGACGACGUUGGGGAGAUCGAAAUUAUAGAGGUUGAUACUGAGGGUAAACCUGAGGAGACUCGCUUGGAGUCUAAGCCAGUGCAGGAGAUCAAGACACGAUCGAAGGAAGCUCGGGUUAUUUCAACCACUGAGGCACAACCAGCAAGCGUUCCCAUGGGGUACGAACCAAGCAGCUACAUCAUUAUGGACGAGGAACCCUUGGUUGAGAUUUCUAAAGAUUCAGAAAGUGAAGAUGAAGACCUUGACCCGACAGAGUCCGAUGCCGGUACCAAAACCUUGGAGCGUAAGCAGCGACAUGCCGAUGGAACUCCAGAGACGAUCAUCCUGAACAAGGUUCCCAUCAUUCCCUACAUCAAGGAUGAGAAAAGACCAGUGUCUUCUCAUCAGAGCAAACCUCUGAAAGGCUACCGGUUGACCAAACGUGACCUCACAUCCCAACACGACCCCGACCAUGGCCACAUCCGGCACCACCACCACCACCAUCAUCACCAGCAGGGUCUCCAGAAUCCCUCCGUGUACAACCCGUACAACUGGGAGAAGCAGAACAUGAACGAGCUACGGUUCCCGCAGUGCGCCGCCUGCCAGAAAAAGUCUGUUCCGGUGUGCCGGACCUGUGGCCAGUGCGCCGAGUGUUGCCACAAGAGCGGGUGCACCUGCGGAUGCUUGCAUCCGUGAGCGGGGUUGAGCGCGAGGGGAAGUUGUAGAUGUUAAGGUGUUUCGAAAUUAAAAAUAAAA